AUGUCCCCUACUUACCAGCACCAGCAACCGUACCAGGACGCACACGACAGCGAAGAAGACGUCCCAUUUCUACCUCAGGAACAUAAUCAGAUCAUCCGUCACGAUCCCUCACAUUCUCAGUCGUCCACGCGCGCGAAUGGCUACAGCGGCAAAGAAAGCGUGGUCAUCAAUGGCGCGAUUCGCUCGCGAUUAAUGAUCACGUUACUGGCCAUGGUCCUUGCUGUGGAAGUAGGAUUCGUGAUGGCGGGAGGUCCUAUGACAAGGAUCUAUGAGUCGAUCGCUUGCCGCGAGUACUUUGCGCAGGCUGAUCCCACCAAGAUUGGUCCUGACAGACAGGUUCCCGAGGAACUCUGUAAGCUCAAGGAGGUGCAGAGCGAGAUCGCGGCAGUGACGGGAUAUAUGGAGUUUUUUCAGGGGAUGUUGAGUGUCAUCUUGGCCGCGCCAUACGGGCUGCUGGCGGACCGCUAUGGGAGGAAGAAAACGCUGUGUCUCGGCAUCCCGGGGUUUAUCCUGAACUGCGUGAUUAUGUUUGUGGUUAUGUGGUUCGACGAUGUAUUCCCGCUGAGGGCUACGUGGGCGUCCUGUUUGACGUUUUUCUUCGGUGGUGGGCCGGUCGUUACUAUUGCCGUUAUCUUUACGAUGAUGGCAGACGUUACCACUGAGGAAGAGAGGGCCGUGAUGUUCUUCCGAUUCGGCGUCGCGAGCAUGGCUGCCGAUUUUGUUUCCAGCGCCGCAAGUUCGUGGCUAAUGACCAUGAACCCCUGGUUUCCUCUGAUCCUGGGCUGGGGUAUUGUGAUCGUGGGCGCGUUUUUGGCGUUGUUAUUACCUGAGACGAAGAAUGCUGUUACGCCUCGUACAUUUGAGCAGUCUCCCGAAAUGGAACUCGACCCGCUGUCGUCUACGAAUGAGCCCAAAAUCUCAAGCUCGUCAGAGAAGUUUGUUGCAGACCCCGUGGGCGAUGAGGAGGGCCUUGACAUACCUUUCCUCAACCGACCGAAACGGCGCUCAUUCUUUGCUUCGUUGGCGACCCUUUCCCGAUCCUACCUCAGCCCCUACGCCUUCAUCUUCCGCACCAAGCGCGUCCUCCUCCUCCUCACGGCCUUCCUCGUUUAUCGCCUCAGCCGCGGCUCCUCCUGGUUCCUGGUGCAGUAUAUUUCAGCCCGCUAUAACUGGACCAUCGCCCAAGCAAAUCUCCUCAUCUCUUUCAAACCGGCCCUCACAAUCCCGCUCUUCCUCUUCAUCAUCCCCUACAUCUCCAAGCACAUCCUGCGCGGCAUGAACUCCAACAUGAAGGACUUGACCUUAGCGCGCGCAAGCAUUAUCUUCCUCGCUGUUGGCACAUUAGGAAUCGGUCUUUCUCCUAGCAUCGCGAUGCUGAUCCCAAGCCUGAUCGUGCAGACCUCUGGGUCUGGGUUCGCGUACUUAGCGCGAUCGCUAAUCACGACGCUAGUGAAGCGCGAGGAGACAGCGAGACUGUUCACUGUUAUCGAGGUGUUGCAGGCAGUCGGCAAUGUGAUCGCUAGUUUGUCAAUCACGACGGUCUUUCAGGUGGGAUUGGAUUGGGGCGGUGCGUGGGUUGGUCUUGCAUGGAUGAUGACCUCGACGGCGUUUUGUCUUGUAGGUGUGUCGAUUUGGAUGUUUGAGUUGCCGCCGGCUGUGGAGAAGAUAGAGGAGCACGGCGAUUGA